GCGAUGGCUGCCCUCAGCAAAGAGGAAUACUUGAAGCGGUACCUUAGUAGCUCAGACUCCGGGAAGCGACGAGACCGGGACCUUCCAGCUGGGCGGAAAAAGCGAAAAGUGAAGAUCAAAGGCGGAGGAAUGCGGAUUGUGGAUGAUGAUGUGACUUUGAAGAGCCUUGCAAAGGAGAAGGCAUUGGAGGUGGAGUCUGGCGAGGAAGAUGAAGCUCCUGUGGUUGCAGAAGUCAUUGAUGAGAGACCGGUAGUUAUUCAACGAAUGGAAGAAUUCCGUUCGAGCAAUAAAUGGAAAAUUUUAGGAGAUGAAAAUGCAGACUCCCAAGAUUCAGACCAGUUUUUACAAACACACACUGACAGUUCAAUAUUAGGUUUUGAUUCUGUAACAGGAAAAAGGGUAGAUCGUGGCUCUCAACUUAUUAAGGAAAAUGUUGGUGCAGUUUCAUCUGAAUGUUCAGCUACCACAAGGCAACGCCAUGAUUCUUCAGAUGACUCACCCGUUUGGAGCAGGCGCCGUGAUUCUCCUGACCGUUCACCUCCUCGAAAGGGACGCCAUGUUUAUCCUGACUCUUCACCUCCUCGGAGGGGACGCCACGAUUCUCCCGACCUCUCACCUCCUCGGAGGGGACGCCACGAUUCUCCCGAUCUCUCACCUCCUCGGAGGGGACGCCACGAUUCUCCCGAUCUCUCACCUCCUCGGAGGGGACGCCACGAUUCUCCCGAUCUCUCACCUCCUCGGAGGGGACGCCACGAUUCUCCCAACCUCUCACCUCCUCGGAGGGGACGCCACGAUUCUCCCGACCUCUCACCUUCUCGGAGGGGACGCCACGAUUCUCCCGACCUCUCACCUCCUCGGAGGGGACGCCACGUUUCUCCCGAUCUCUCACCUCCUCGGAGGGGACGCCACGUUUCUCCCGAUCUCUCACCUCCUCGGAGGGGACGCCACAGUUCUGCUGACCUUUCACCUCCUCGGAAGAAAAAGAUGGAAAACACAGAAAAAUCAGUCCGAUCUACUACCUUGUUAUAUGGAAAGACCCUGUCCCCAGUGAAACAUAAGGACCGAAGAGCAAGAGGAUCUCCACAGAGACUUCAAGAUUCCAAUUCUGAUCUUUCACCCCCACGAAAGAGAGGUCAGCAUUCUUCGGAUUCAGACUUGUCACCACCACGGAGGAAGAAGCUGGGAAUUCGAACCUCAGACAACAGGCCCAGCUCAGAAAACUUGGAUAUGUCACCCACUCAGCAGAGGCAACCUACCCAUAAGCACACUUCCUCGAAGGGGCAGGUUGCCAGUCGAGACUCAAGUCCCAGCAGAAAGUCACGAGGGAAUGAGAUGCUAUCUGGGGGUCAGGCUGGUCUGGUAUCGACAGAUACAUUAAGGAAAGAGAAAGAGGACCGGAGGAAAAGGGAGCGAGCAGCCGAGCACUUAGCAGAUGACUCCAGAAAUGCAGUCACUGUGUUCCGGGAUAAAUUAGGGAAAAAGAGGGACUUAGAUCAGGAACGGCUUGAACAGAAGAAGAAGGAAGAGGAGAAAGCAGCAAAACUUGAAAAAUAUGCCCACUGGGGAAAAGGGGUGGCUCAGAAAGAGCAGCAGAAACAGAACAUAGAGGAUGCUCUUUAUGAGAUGCAAAAACCACUUGCUCGACAUAUCGAUGAUGAAGACCUGGACCGCCUUCUACGUGAAAGAGAACGUGAUGGUGAUCCAAUGGCUGGGCUAAUCAGGAAGAAGAAGGAAAAGGAGGUUAAGAAUAAAAAUGAGAAGCCACGGUACAAUGGCCCUGCACCACCUCCCAACAGGUUUAACCUGUACCCUGGAUAUCGCUGGGAUGGAGUGGACAGGUCAAAUGGUUUUGAAAAGAAACGGUUUGCCAGACUGGCUGAGAAGAAAGCAGUGCAAGAGAUAGCAUACAAAUGGAGCGUGGAGGAUAUGUAAACAACUAAACGGAGUAGCUCUGCACACGGACUGUUAUACUGGGACCAUAGCACUCUGUGAGAAGAGACUUCAUUGAAAGAUGUUACCUGAUGUAUGCUCUGCAUAAGGAUGGCUUGGAUUUCAGGGAACUCAAGAAAUGAGUUUUUAUUCUAUUAAUAUUUUGUCUUUUUGAAUACCAAGUUUAUACUGUGUAAUUAUAGAUCUGUUUAAUAUAUAGGCUGGUUCUCUUGUUAAUUUUCAUUUUAUUAAUUUUUACAGCCUGAUCCAUGAAUCCAACAGGUAAAUUUAUUUGUUAUUCCCCUCACUUCUCUAGUGGCAUUAAUGCCAAAAUUAGGACAUAUAUUUGAAUUGAUCUAAAGUCACAUUUUUGAACAAUGCUCAGCCAAAUAUGUAUGAGGUAGGACAAAUUCUUUCACCCACUUCUUUCCCUAGUCAGGGAACUUGCAACUUCAAAUUAAAGACAUCGGAACAUCCAUUGUGACCCAGUGUUAAAUAUACAACUUGCAUUUUACUAUCAUUGGUGUGAUCUAUGUAUAUAGAAAAUGUUUGUAACAAAAAUAACACGGGCUCUCUAAAAUGCCAUCUAGCAAGAGCAUACUGUCAUAUUUGAUGCCAGGGACUGAUUAAAUAGAAG